AUGAGUAGUCCAAACUUCUACACCGCCGAGAUGGCUUUCGACACUAUAACCGACAACGAAUGGUGUUUGGAACAGCCGAACAGCCCCUACCUGGUGGACGCUUGUACUUCGCAACUGGACGAGCUUCCCUGGGCUUUGUCUGACACCUUUUUCGACCAGGCCAUUGCGCGCUACGACCUUCCGAACGAUUUCUUGCGCAGGUCCUCAGAGGUAUCAACAACUGCCUUUGCCACUGCGGUCAACGCGGAUACGAACUCAAUCCAGAUUCUGUCGCCCGAUUGCGUGUCUCGACGACAGGCUACGCCAACGUCCCGUUCCUGCAGCGAUAUGUCAUUAGAUGGUCCGUCCUGCGCUCCAAAGGGUGAGUCUUCUUCACGGAUUUUGGCUGAUGCAGGGACGGCACCUAAGCGCCAGAUGGGAAAACCAGGCCAGCCCAAACUCGAUCCGAUCGCACGCAGCGCAUCAGGCGCAUCAACGGAAGGUCUAUGCACCACUAGAAUUCCACACAACAUGGUCGAGCGGAAGUACCGUGAAGGCUUGAAUGCGCAGCUAGAGAGGCUGCGAAGAGCCGUACCGGCGCUGCUGCAGAGCGAUGAUGGAGACGGCACUAGCCAACCAAGACCAAGUAAAUCCAUGGUGAUUACCGCCGCCAUCAAUCACAUCGAGAUGGUUACACUAGAGCGCGAUAUGUUGCAGGACGAGAACAACAAGAUUAACAGUUCGAGAGGCAGACAGGGGUCGAAGAGAAGGCGAGUGGAUCCUGCUUCUGGGUCAGCCAUUUCUUGA